GGUAGUUUCCGUUAUGACAUCACGAUGACAUACUUCACACCUCCGAGGAAGUGGCCAAUAGAACGUGAUUCUGGGUUAUAUAUGAUGUGAUUUUGGGCUAGUCGGACGGGUCACCCUGAAGUUUGCUCCGUCUCUACAGCAGGUCCAGCCCGAUCUCUCAUCAUGCCUUUCGGUAACACCCACAACAACUACAAGCUGAAUUUUUCAGCAGAAGAUGAGUUUCCUGACCUCUCUCAACACAACAACCACAUGGCCAAGGCUUUGACCCUUGACAUCUACAAGAAGCUCAGGGACAAGCAGACACCAAGUGGCUUCACCCUUGAUGACACCAUCCAGACCGGUGUUGACAACCCAGGUCACCCCUUCAUCAUGACUGUGGGUUGUGUUGCUGGAGACGAGGAAACCUAUGAAGUGUUCAAGGACCUUCUUGACCCAGUCAUCGAAGACCGUCACGGAGGUUAUAAGCCCACAGACAAACACAAGACCGACCUCAACUUCAGCAACCUUAAGGGAGGUGAUGAUCUGGACCCAAACUACGUCCUGAGCAGCCGUGUAAGAACCGGACGCAGCAUUAAGGGGUACACUCUUCCACCCCACUGCAGCCGCGGCGAGCGCCGUGCCAUCGAGAAACUGUCCAUCAAAGCCCUCAACAGCCUGACUGGAGAACUCAAGGGCAAAUAUUAUCCCCUCAAGGACAUGAGCGAUGCUGAGCAACAGCAGCUGAUUGAUGACCACUUCCUGUUUGACAAGCCCGUGUCCCCUCUGCUUUUGGCCUCCGGUAUGGCCCGUGAUUGGCCCGAUGCCCGUGGUAUCUGGCACAACGAAGAGAAAACUUUCUUGGUCUGGGUGAAUGAAGAGGAUCACCUUAGGGUCAUUUCCAUGCAGAAAGGAGGAAACAUGAAGGAGGUCUUCAGACGCUUCUGCGUUGGUCUCCAGAAGAUUGAGGAGAUCUUUAAGGCAGCAGGGCAUCCUUUCAUGUGGAACGAGCAUCUCGGUUACGUCCUUACUUGCCCCUCCAACUUGGGCACAGGUCUGAGAGGUGGUGUCCACGUCAAGCUUCCAAACCUUAGCAAGCACCCCAAAUUUGAGGAGAUCCUCAACAGACUGCGCCUGCAGAAGAGAGGCACCGGUGGUGUGGACACUGCUGCAGUUGGUGGAGUGUUUGACGUCUCCAACGCUGACAGGUUGGGAUCGUCUGAGGUGGAGCAGGUCCAGUUGGUUAUUGAUGGUGUGAAGCUGAUGAUUGAGAUGGAGAAGAGGCUGGAGAAGGGACAGUCCAUCGAUGACCUUAUUCCAGCACAGAAGUAGAGAGCAACAGACACAGACAAAGCCUGACCUCCCCUCAAAGUGACCACCGGGAAGAGGGGGGGGGAGUAGAGGAGACCCCAUUAAAAUUGUUAGAGGUUAAAAGAUAGGCCAUCAAUAUGGAGAAAACACUGAGAUGGGAAAGAAAGAGUCCAACGGUAGAAACGGGACACAGGGACGUAAGAUCGAAAAUCCACCCACCGAAGACGCCUGUAGCUCUCAAACUGAGGGCGGUAACAGCGGCAUUGGGUUACUUCAACUACUUAUACAGUUUUACCCCGUUCCUCAUUUUCUAAUGUGCUUGUGAUCCUCCUCUGAUUGGCUGAGGACAAUAAAACCAGAAUUUGACCUCUA